AUGACUGAAAACGAUAUGGAGGUCGAUAGUGGACCAGGACUUUUCGAAGGAGGAUCGCGUCGGCCACCGAUAGAUUUCGAUGCCAUGAUACGAGAACUCCGAAGUCAACCAAUAAAGAAUCCUUGUCCUCGAGGGAAGGUAAUCAAACAUCCACUCCAAGCUCGUUAUUUGUAUUUCGACAUCAGCCAGGAAGACAGUAUGAGCUCGACCUUAAGCUCUGUAAACGAAGAUUCUGUGGGCCCUGCAUAUGGUACUCCUCGAACGAGAGCAAGAAGGCUAACAACCGCGGAACAGAGGGAGUUGGAUCAAAAAAUUUUGAAGGAGCGCCAGCAGCAGUACCACGAGCAAGAGAUGGCUUUGGGUGGAUACCACGAUGUAUUCAACGACCCGUGCCCCGAGUUUAAGCCCAGAAACUUUGUUCGUGACGAUUCACAUCUGAGGAUGAUUCGCAAGUGGAAGAUCAGAACCCUGCAUCAGGUGAUUUUCUCCAUCCAUCAGUGCUUGAAUCAUCUAAUGAGUUUAUCUUCAGAUUCUCAAGAUGAUCUUCUUAACAACACUCUGACUGGAGACGACGUGAAUGUUGUGAUAUCGUCACAAGGGAGAGUUGGGCAGGGUUGUUCCACUCCACAAAGUAUGGCCGAUCACACGUUCGCGCCCCUGCGAAAGAUUGAUGUGUCCAUAGUGAAGUGCUCAGAGAGCGUCUCCUCUGAUAGACAACCUCUUGCUGAAAGUCACACGGUCACGGUUACAAGCACAGCAGCAGCUAAUACAGUUGAACAGACAGGAACUGUCAAACGCAAGGCGAUUCCAGACCUGUCGGCUCCCACACAAAAGGAUCCGAGUUAUGGAAUUUUGUAG